GGGAUGCCUGAGAGCCAGGGGAAGGACAGUGAGAGCAGCAGUAGCAGCUCCAACUCUUUGGACUCAGUGGCUUCUUUUGGACAGUAUCAGUACACAGCCAGUGAGUAUCAAGCUAUCCAGCAAGCUCUGCGUCAGAGGCUGGGUCCAGACUACAUCAGCAGCCGGCAGGCAGGAGGAGGGCAAAAGGUCUGUUACAUUGAGGGUCACAAGGUCAUCAGUCUGGCUAAUGAAAUGUUUGGCUUCAAUGGCUGGGCUCAUUCAGUCACUCAGCAGAAUGUUGACUUUGUUGACCUCAACAAUGGCAGGUUCUAUGUGGGUGUCUGUGCUUUUGUGAAAGUUCAGCUUAAGGAUGGGUCAUACCAUGAAGAUGUGGGAUAUGGAGUCAGUGAAGGGCUGAAGUCUAAAGCCUUAUCCUUAGAAAAGGCAAGAAAGGAGGCAGUAACAGAUGGACUGAAGAGAGCACUCAAGUGCUUUGGGAAUGCUCUUGGGAACUGCAUCCUGGACAAGGACUACCUGCGAGCCGUGAACAAGCUUCCCCGGCAGGUACCCCCUGAGUUAGACUUGGUCAAAGCUAAAAUACAGGACUAUGAGCCUGAAAUAGAGAAAGCAAGAUAUGGCAGCUAUGUGGAAAGGCAGAACGCAGCAGGGAGACAGAACUGUGAGGUGGUACCUAGCUGUAAGCCUGGCCAGACAGAGGCUGCUGUAGUGACAGCAGAUCAGAAACAGCCCAAUGCUCCCAGAAGCACAGACUCCCUGGCCAUGGAGUGUGAUGCCACUUACCAGAGGAAACUGCGCCAAAAGAGGCUGCAGCAGCAGUUCCGGGAGCAGAUGGAGAAAAAGCAGCAGGUCCCAGGAGUUACUCCCAGCAGCAAACAGGUGACAUCCAAUUCUGCCAUGGAGCACAGCACUCCACCAGAAGUGCAACAAGAGCUGGCAAUAGAAGAGGAGUUCUUUGCAGAUGAUCCUGAACUUUGGGACAUUCCCAUGGAGAGCACUGACCUAAAGGUAACGGGUGCCAAAAUACCAGAGCCCACCUCAGCUGCACGCCAGGCACCUGAGAUGCCCCAUGGCCAUCAGCAGAUGAGCACUCGCAGCAGGACACCCCGCAGGGGGAACCAGCACAAAGCUGCUGCCAGGCUGGCACAGCUGCAGCCCCCUGCUGCAGCCCCCAGCACCAGCUGUGCCCACCAGCACACCCCAGGGUGCAGCCCACUCGGGAGAAGUCAGAGCUUGAAGAAAAGGAGGCUGGAACCUAUGUGA